CGCCGGAGGGGCCGAGCGGCCGCGGGGUGGGCGCCGGGCGGGCCGGGGCGAGCUGGGCCUAGGGCCCCGGGGCCCCACGCCGGCCUCGCACACCCCGGCAGCACGCGCUGCGUUGUGUUCGCAGAGAGAAGAGCCCAGCGGCCGAGGGCCGUGGAGCCCUGCGCGCAGACACAACAUCUUUGUUUGUAUGUGGUGCUGAGGAUCGAACCCGGGCCGCACACAUGCCAGGCGAGCGCGCUACCGCUUGAGCCACAUCCCCAGCCCUACAAGAACGUUUUUUUCAAGAGAUACAGAUGGGAGAACUUUGGCUAUCUAGAGGGGACUGUAGAAUGGGAGUUGAACAUCUUAGCAAUUUCCUUUUAUUGUGUGGGCAACCACGGGAACUUCUGAAGGUUUUCAGACAUACACUCCCUCCUCAGGUAUUUGAGAUGCUGUUGCAAAAAAUCCCCCUUAUUUGCCAGAAACUACUUGGAUAAACACCAAGAAUUAAUUGAAGGUAACCAUUUUUCAGAUAUUGCUGUAUCACCAUAUGUUCCAGUCCUUAAAGAGGUGGAAGUUUUAUUCAGAAGUCUUAUGAACACAGAAGAAAGUUCUUCCAUUCAGAAUUGUGGGACUAGGUUUCUUGCUAACAAUAUGAAAAGCUCGGGAAAGAAAAAAAGGGUUAAAAUGCCCGCGAGGAGACUUCGUGAGGUCCUUUCUCCGAAUCAGGAAGACAAUUUGGCUUUGUGGAAAGAUGAGUUGCCCCGUGUUUCUGCAGUGUUGUCUGCAAAUAAACCUCCUCCUGUUCGAAAGGGAAAUAACAUGAAUGGAACAUUGCAUGGUUCUUCGGAUAUAACUUCUUCUAGAAAUUAUCACAAGCCUCCGUUAGAAAAUUCUGCUAUAUCAGAAAGCGAUUUUUCUAAAGAUGUUGUAGUGCAGAGGUUACCUUUGGAUAAAACAGAAGAGAGCAACAGACAAAACGCAAAUGAUAUCUGUAUUUCUCAGUAUACCAUGGGACAGAAGGAUGCUCUAAGAACAGUUUUAAAGCAAAAAGCGCAAAGCAUGCCUAUCUUUAAGGAAGUAAAGGUACAUCUUUUAGAAGAUGCUGGCACAGAAGAGAAUACUGUUACACAGGAGGCCAGAACUUCACCCAGUGCCAUUGAUUCUGCUACAACUGUAGCUGCAGCAACUGCUGCUGCCAUUGCAACAGCAGCUCCACUGAUAAAGGUGCAGAGUGAUUUGGAAGCAAAAGUUAAUUCUGUUACAGAAUUACUUAAUAAGUUACAGGAGACCGAUAAACACUUACAACGUGUUACAGAACAGCAAGCAAGCAUUCAGAAUAAAGAAGAGAAAUUACAUUGUCACGAUCAUGAGAAGCGAAUGAAUGUAUUUAUGGAGCAGCAAAUUAAGCAUCUUGAAAAAUUACAACAGCAACAAAUAGAUAUUCAGACUCAUUUUAUUAGUGCUGCACUAAAGACUAAUAGUUUUCAGCCUGGUAGCGUGCUUCCUUCCAGAGCAGUGGAAAAGUAUUCUGUAAAACCAGAACAUCCUCAUCUUGGUAGCAGCAAUCUGUCUUCACAUCAUAUAUAUACUUCCAAACAAGAGUUUGAAGAUAUGGAUUUUAAUGAACAAAAAUCUCCUUUGGAGACACCAGCACCUCGCAGGUUUGCUCCUGUACCUGUUUCAAGAGAUGAUGAAAUGUCAAAGAAGGAAAAUCCCAUAGAAGAAAAAGAAAACAUGGAAAUGUUAGGUCAGAGAGGAAAUGUAAAACUGUUGGAACAGAUUUUGAAUAAUAAUGAUUCUUUGAUAAAAAAAAGUGAAUUGUUAGACAUAACCUCACUAACUAGGCCAACAGUGGAAUGGAAACUUGAGGAAAAAAACAGCAUUGGAACUCUUCCUUCUCAAAGAUUUCCAUCCUGUGAAGAUCUAGGCACAUCUAAAAUGACUAUGCACAAGUCUAAUGAUGUUCUUCAUGAUCGUGGCCAAAAGAAGAAAGAAACAAAUGACAUGCUCCAGCAGAAAGACUUGCCAAUUAUGAUGAGGCUUGCUGAUCUUCCACAGAAUUCUGUUAAGCUUCAAACAGCCAAUACAACAAGAUCUGUAUUGAAAGAUGCUGAGAAGAUUUUGAGAGGAGUACAAAACAAUAAAAAAGUACUUGAAGAAAACCUAGAAGCCAUUAUUCGUGCAAAAGAUGGAGCUGCUAUGUACUCAUUUAUCAAUGCUUUAUCCACAAAUAGAGAGAUAUCAGAGAAAAUUAGGAUCAAAAAGAUAGUAGAUGAGUGGAUUAAAACUAUUUCGGCAGAAAUUCAGGAUGAAUUGGCAAGAAAAGAUUAUGAAAAAAAGAGAUCUGAUCUUAAGAAUCAAAGGACCAUGAAAGCUCAGAAUAUGAGUAAAGAUACUAAAACCAACAUAAAAGACAAAACUGUGAACAGGCCUAUAAUUCCAAGACAGCAUUCUCAAAAACAAAUAGAGGAACAUUUUAGAAGUCCACCUAUGAGGAGGAGCAUGCCUGCUUCAGGUGUACAGAAAGAAAGAAAAGAAGGGCAUUUAAAAUCAACCACAGUGAUACAAGAUGAUGAUUAUAUGUUACACAUAUAUGGAAAACCUGUUUAUCAGGGUCAUCGCAGCACUCUUAAAAAAGGACCAUAUCUCAGAUUUAAUUCUCCAUCUCCUAAGUCCAAACCGCAGAGACCAAAAGUAAUAGAACGAGUUAAAGGCACUAAAGUAAAAUCAAUAAGAACACAAACUGACUUUUAUGCAACAAAAUCUAUGAAGAUGGAUUCUAAGAUACAACAUCCCAUUACUACACCACCUCAUGGUGAUCAGCAAUAUUUGUUCAGCCCAAGCAGAGAAAUGCCUACUCUGUCAGGUACACUGGAAGGUCAUCUAAUUCCUAUGGCAAUUCUUUUAGGACAAACCCAAAGUAAUAGUGAUUCCAUGAGGCCUACUGGAGUAAUGGCAAACAAGCCACACCCUAUAACUGUGACAACUUCUAUUCCUCCAUCAUUUCGAAAAGCAGAAACUGGGAUAAAGAAACCCAACAUAGCAGUUGUGGAAAUGAAGUCAGAAAAAAAAGAUCCUCCUCAACUUUCUGUACAGGUAUUACCCAGUGUAGACAUUGACAGCAUUUCAAAUGGUAGUGUUGAUGGUGGUUCAUCUCUGUCAAGUCCCAAAGAAGCCUCUCUUCCUCAGCUGCAGACUUGGAUUCAGAUUCCACAAUUUAUGAAGGUAGAUGAAGAGGAUGAGAAAUUUCCAGGGAGUAACUUUGAUGAAGUAAUCGAUGUUAUACAGGUAACAAAGGAAGAGGAAAAAUGUGAUGAAAUCCCAGAAAGCUCUGAACCAUUACUAGAAUUUAACAGAAGUGUUCAAGUUGCUUCUACAAAGUAUAAUGGUCCUCCAUUUCCACCAGUUGUUUCUACUUUUCAGCCCACUACUGAAAUUCUGGAUAAAGUAAUUGAGAGAAAAGAAACAUUGGAAAAUAGCUUAAUUCAGUGGUGUAACUUUCAAAUGACUGCUUUUACAUAUAAUAUUUGUGCCCCUAGGGUAGAACAAGAAAUAAUGUCAAGGAUUAUCUCUGAGCUCUAUCCAAUCCAGCAGCAGGCCAGACUUAAUGCCAGUGUUUCAUUCAGUGAGGCAAGUGAACCAAUGACCUCUGACAUUGUGGAAGGAACAAGCUAUGGUGCUCUCCAGCUCUUUGUUGAUGCAGGGGUUCCUGUGAAUUCGGACAUGAUUAGCCAUUUUGUGAAUGAAGCUCUGGCUGAGACCAUUGCUGUCUUGCUGGGUGACAGAGAAACAAAGAAGCAAGAUCCUGUGGCUACAAGUGUUUCUGGUGAUGUUUUAUCAAAGGAAACAUGUUUUCCGGCAAGAGUGUGUACCCCUGUGGCUACUCCACAGCCUACUCCUCCUCGCUCACCUUCAUCACCUCCUAAGGACCGGGUGUUAGUGAAAACUCCAGAUUCUUCUCCCUGUGAUUCAGAUCAUGAUGGGGCUUUUUCUGUAAAAGACGUAUUUCCUGAAAAAGGACAUGAUAUGCCUGCCAUGACACUUGUGAAUACUCCAGCAAUUACCCCUGCUCCUUCGCCUCCUCCAGCAGCUGCAGCUGCUCUUACCCCAACUUUGUCAGAGAUUUCCAUUGAUAAAUUGAAGAUAUCAAGCCCAGAGCUUCCCAAGCCAUGGGGGGAUGGAGACCUGCCACUGGAUGAGGAGAAUCCUAACUCUCUAUUAGAAGGAUUUGUUCACCCAAGGGCUAUUGUAAUGUCUGUAGCUAAAGAUGAAGAACCUGAGAGUGUGGAUUUCCCUGCUCAGCCUGCGCCUCCAGAGCCAGUUCCCCUUACACCAUUUCCUGCAGGCACCAAGGCUCCUUCUCCCUUACAGAUGCCAAGUUCUGGUUCCUCAACACUGGAGAGCACUUUGAGCAUUACUGUCACUGAAACAGAAACUUUAGAUAGACCUAUCUCUGAAGGAGAGGUUUUAUUUAGCUGUGGUCAAAAAUUGGCUCCCAAGAUUUUAGGAGCUGGAGAAAUAUAUCUGACACACCUAAAUGAUAGCUUAUCUAGCACUUUGCAAGAUGCUCUUGAAAUGGAAGAUGAUCCUCCCAGUGAAGGACAGGUGAUUAGAAUGCCCCAUAAAAAGCUUCAUGCAGAUGCAAUUUUUUCUCUCCUUACUAAACAAAAUCAAGAAUUAUUAGUUUCACAGCAAUCAGUCUAUCACUCAGAGGACUUGGAACACAGUGUCGGUGAACUCAGUGAAGGACAAAGGCCCAAGCUGACAGCAGCAGCAGAAAAGGUCCUGAAGGGACAGUCUCUGUUUAUGCAACAGCCUGUUGCUAACGCAGAGUCUGUGGAUCAGCCAUGUGAUCCAAAGCCAUUUUUUCAGCAAUUUGACACAGUUUCAGGUGGUAUUUAUGAAGAUUCAUGUGCUAGUCAUGGUCCAAUGAGUUUGGGAGAGCUGGAGUUGCAGCCAAAUACUAACCUCGUCCUUCCCACAACACUUUUGACAACACAAAAAAAUGAUGUUAAUUUACAGGAGGCAGCUGAAGAUUUUUCUCAGUACCAACAAAAGCAGGAUGAGGAUGUUAAAGAAGUUGAACACAAGCCAGUAAAAAGUCGUUUAAUACAUGUGAGAAGUAAAUCUGAUAUUACACUUUCACUACAAGGUGAUAUGGAUCGAACACAAAUUGAGCCCAGUCUGUACCUUGCAUCUGUAUUUACAAGUGGUGAGGCAAUGCCACUCUUCACUCCUCAGAUGUUGCCUGCUAAGAUGUCCGUGACGCUGCCCUCGAUGAAACCUGAGGAUUGCUCUCAAUCCCUGAGCGUCAGCACCAUACAGGGGGAUGUGGAGUCCUCAGGGGCAGAUACCUUCUGAGUGGGGAGUGAGAACCAGCAUAUUUAUGAAGACAUUUCGCUUUGGCUUAAAACUAGCCCCCUCAAGCUGUUUUGGUCUUUGAGCAUAUUCUGAAAAAACAUUUCUAAUUUUUUUUUAUUCAGAUGAAAAGUACAGUUUUGGUAUUUAGAUAAAGUUUUUGAAUAAAAUAAAUAUAAAUCAUCAUAA